UGAGGGGGUAGGCAGGGGUGGGCACAUCUCGAAUACACUAUAAGAAAACAGACUUUCUGGGAGAGCAAGUCUUCUGGAGAGGAUUUUUAGUGAAAGUUUGGAUGUGAAGAGAGAAGCUGAUUUCAACAUGAAGAUCCAAGUGGUCAUUUUGCUCCUGCUCCUCACCUGCCUGAGUCUCAGCCUGGCCCAGGGCUCUUACGGGAACUGCUGCUUGAGAUAUGUGCGUAAACUGAAGUCCAAAGUGCAGAGGAACAUUCAGGAUUACAGGAUGCAGGAAACAGAUGGUGAUUGCAACAUCAGAGCUGUAUUGUUUUUGAUGAAGAAAAGAGGCGGACAAUCCAAACCUAUCUGUGCCAACCCUGAAGAUAAAUGGGUUCAGAAUGUGAUGAAAGUUGUGGACAGGGCCAGAAAUAGGCAGAUCAUAAACUAGGUAAAAGGUUGCAAAACAAUAUUGUAAAAUGUUUAUAUGUUACCUUGGGGGUCAUAAAGUUUGUCUCAAUAGGUUGAUGGAGGAGACCUGGAGGUGGGAGUGAGGAAGGCUCUGUCAGAGUUCAUAUAUCACGCUUCUACACAUGGACUAGAUUAUUGCCGUCCAGAUUAGGAACUUCCUUUCCCUGACAUAGAAUGUAAAUUGCUAUGGUAACUUUUUAUGUUAUCUUCAAUAUCAUCAAUUAUAUAUGAGCCAUAUCAGUGCUUCUGAAAAAUGCAAAGAUUGAGCCACAGUUUGGCAGCUUUUAAAUGUGACAUUAUGGAUGUGUGAGAUUUGUAUUUUCUUUCAUUUCAUUUUCUUUCUUUUUUUUUUUUUUUUUUUACAUAUUUUUAUAUUUUUGUAUUCAUGUGAUUCCAACAAACCACAAAUAAAGAUGUAUCAUGUUGACAGAAAUAA